AUGGCGGUUCCUAAGAACAAACGCAGCAAGGCAAAGGUCAAGCAGCGCGGUAACAUCAUCUUCUUUGAUCAAUUGUGCGGUAAUUGGUUGCGCCACAGAGAUUGGUUCUACCGAAGGUUGUCUGUGCAGCGUAUGCUACCACCGUGCUCCGAGGGCGUGGGACCGGCUACACCUAGACCAGUGUUAUUCCCAGGAUUUUGGUCUAACAGGCGCUCUGGUGCCUCUGCGUCGUGUCUACCGCCGUCAUCGCACAAACAAAUCCAUCGACGCUGGCUAGGUCAAGCUCCAUCAGGACGACAGGUUAACAAUGUCGAUACAGCUUGUGCAGAAGCAAAAAAGUUGUUCUAUAAAUCAUCCUUAGGAUACGCGGAAUUCGCAAAGCGCAUUGAGUCCCUUAGGUUGCUUGCGUUUUGGGCGCUUGUUACAGGACUCACAGUAGAUUUAGUAAUGCGUCCACCGCAGAGUUCAUACUGGGCCAAAUGGAACCUACUGAAGAUGCCAUCAAGACUCAUGGACAAGUUCGGCCAGAAGCCAGCACCUGUACAAACCCCUGAAACCGCAAAACUCGGACCGGAUCACCUUACCGAUGCUGCUAGGGAGUACCAUCGUGUUUGCAACAUAUAA